AUGGGAAAAUCUUACCCAACCGUUAGUGCCGAUUACCAGAAGGCCAUUGAAAAGGCUAAGAGGAAGCUCAGAGGUUUCAUCGCUGAGAAGAAAUGCGCGCCUCUAAUCCUCCGUUUGGCAUGGCACUCUGCUGGUACUUUUGAUUCUAAGACAAAGACUGGUGGUCCUUUCGGAACCAUUAAGCACCAAGCUGAGCUUGCCCAUGGUGCUAACAACGGCCUUGACAUCGCUGUUAGACUGUUGGAGCCUCUUAAGGAGCAAUUCCCUAUUGUUAGCUAUGCUGAUUUCUACCAGUUGGCUGGCGUUGUUGCUGUUGAGAUUACUGGUGGACCUGAAGUUCCUUUCCACCCCGGUAGGGAGGACAAGCCUGAGCCACCACCAGAGGGUCGCUUGCCUGACGCCACUAAAGGUUCCGACCAUUUGAGGGAUGUGUUUGGCAAAGCUAUGGGGCUAAGUGAUCAGGACAUUGUUGCUCUAUCUGGCGGUCACACUAUUGGAGCUGCACACAAGGAGCGUUCUGGAUUUGAGGGACCAUGGACUUCUAAUCCUCUCAUUUUUGACAACUCAUAUUUCACUGAGUUGUUGACUGGUGAGAAGGAUGGUCUUCUUCAGUUGCCAAGUGACAAGGCACUUUUGACUGAUUCUGUAUUCCGCCCUCUUGUUGAGAAAUAUGCUGCGGACGAAGAUGCCUUCUUUGCUGAUUAUGCUGAAGCACAUCUUAAGCUCUCCGAGCUUGGAUUUGCUGAAGCCUAA